AUAAGCAACUGUCCUCUUUUUCAAUCUAAAACGAAGUAUAAUAAUUUAUUAAAAACUUUAAAUUAUUACAAUCUUAAUCGACAAAAAUUAACCUAUUAUUUUUGAUUAUCGAUGAGUGUCAAAUUUACUUACAUAACUCAAUAGUUAAUUAGCUGUUUAUCUACGUAAUGUGUAUGUUAAUAAAAUGAACUGCUUUUCGUAAACGUUACAAUAUAUAAAAUUACAUCAAUACUUAAAGACAAAAGAUAUUAUAUCAUGAGUCUAAAAUGUGCAACAUUGUGGUUUGAGGUUUUGGCUUAUAAAGUAAUAUAGUUAUUAAUUUAAGAAAACUAUGGGCUGGUAGCCAAAUGGUUACAGUUACAAAUAGUAUAGAAAGUUAUUCUCGAUAUUUAUAAUAUAUUAUAUCUAUUGGCCGGCGUGGUAUAUAGGCAAUUUCGGUACACUGACGUCUAAAUUACCAUCAAACGGUUUUUCACGAUAUUUUUGGAAGGAUAGUGAGUAACUGCUAACCAUAUAUUCUCGUUGUGACAAAGUCACGUCAACUUUUACCAUGAAACACGCGACUACUGUUAAUACUGAAUGACGUCAAAUUAGGUAAUUUUGACAUUUUAAUGGUUUUAAAUAAACAAAAUUACUUUAUUAAGACGCCAAUUAAAUCUCUAUUUUGUUGGCCUUAUCAAUUAUCUACAAAAAAAAAAAAAAAAUUAAAUAUUUUAUUCAUUGCAAAUAAUCGUAUCUUAUUUUAUUUUUUAUGUGUUAAGUGAUGAAUAUGUCUCAUCAAAAAAGGAAAUAGUAUCAGAAUCGUUACUGAGAUUUAAUUUAUAUUAGGUAUGUAGUAAUGUAGAUGAUAUGCAUUUCCAAAAUCUAUAUUCAAAUUUUACCGAUGAAGUUGAAUUGUAACUCAAUGUUUCCAUAGCAAUUGUCAAUAACAUGAGCGUUGUAAUUUAGUUUUCAUUGACUUUUCAUAAAAUAUAAGAACUAUAUAAAAAUACCUAUUCUAUAUAGAUCCUUUGGUUCAUUUGUAAUUUUGGAAAUCGAUUGUGGAAACUCAAUACUAACUUAUACAAGUUAUUUAAAUAUUUUGAUUGAAAUAAUGUGGUUUCUCAAAAAUACCUUCGGAAUUGUAACACUUCAAGUUGGUAUCAUAUCAUUCAGUUCAGUGUUUAUCACUUUGGCAGCAAGUAUUUUACUAGUUAACGCAUUGUCUCUAGAUACAGCAGAACCAAUGGCAUGGAUGAUUAUGUUUGUGUUUACAUUUACUAUGAUCAUAAUAUGGUCCAUUGCUUUCAACGGGGCUUCCAAAGAACUACAAUAUUUAAUUUCAAUGGCCACGGUAUUUUGGGCAGUUUAUUUUGUACUAUGGAAUGUGUUAGUUAUAUGGUCAUUUCUUCAACAAAAUAAGAACAUUUGUAUCGGAGCUAGAUGUCCAAAUGCGUUAUGGCUAAUAAACAAUUUAGGGUAUGAAUUAAAACAUAGUGCAAAUGAAAAAAAAAACUCAAGUAAUUAUAAAGGAUUAGAGUUAACAAGAGAUAAACCGUUAAUCGAACAAAUAGAAGCUAAUAAUGAUACAAUUAGUACAUUAAACGAGGCACGCAUGGCGCAAAUAAAUCAACGCAAUUUAAUUUUAUUCGCAAUAUUAACAAUUUUGUAUACAAGUAUGUAUUUAAUUUUAAUUUAAUUAAUAUUUAAUUAUCUUUUAAUAUUAUGUUUAAAUACUAAAACAGUUAAUUAUUAUAUCCACUUCACAGUUGUAUU